CAUGGUGCAGAGACCUCCUAGGCCCUGCCUCGUGAACUUCUCGUUUCCACAACUGCACCUCCGUGGAGCUUUCAAACCAAGUCAUCGGGAGUUAGCAUCUUCCCACCCAGCAGGGAAGGGAGGAGUUGGCAGGAAUUUGGCUCGCCCAUUCCCCCCUGCAAUCCUCCAGUGUUGUGAACCACUGCACCUCCACCAUGACGGACACCGUCUUCAGCAACAGUUCAAGCCGCUGGAUGUGUCCCAGUGACCGGCCUCUGCAAUCAAAGCUCCAGGGAGGCUGGCCCAUCCACCCCAGUGGGCAGCCGGACAGACAGAGGAAGCAGGAAGAGCUGACGGAUGAGGAGAAGGAAAUCAUCAACAGCGUGAUCGCUCGCGCUGAGAAAAUGGAAGAGAUGGAGCAGGAGCGAAUUGGGCGCCUGGUGGACCGUCUGGAGAACAUGAGGAAGAACGUGGCUGGGGACGGGGUGAACCGGUGCAUCCUGUGUGGGGAGCAGCUGGGGAUGCUGGGCUCCACCUGCGUAGUGUGUGAGGACUGUAAGAAGAACGUCUGCACCAAGUGCGGGGUGGAGACCUCCAACAACCGCCCACAUUCCGUGUGGCUCUGCAAAAUCUGCAUCGAGCAGAGGGAGGUGUGGAAGCGUUCUGGAGCAUGGUUCUUCAAGGGCUUCCCCAAACAGGUCCUCCCACAGCCUAUGCCUAUAAAGAAGGCCAAACCCCAGCAGCCAGUCAGCCAGUCUGCAGCCCCCGAGCAGGCCACCCCUGAGCCCAAGCACGCAGUCCGGGCUCCAACACGAGGUGACACUGAGGACAGGCGGGGCCUGGGUCAGAAGACAGGCCCCGACCCGGCCUCUGCUCCUGGACGAGGCAGCCACGGGCCUCCUGUGCGCAGGGCCUCUGAGGCACGAAUGAGCUCAUCCAGCCGUGAUCCAGAGAGCUGGGACCAAGGCCACGGCGGGGGUGCUGCAGGUGACACCAGCCGGACCCCAGCAGGCUUGAGACGGGCCAACUCAGUCCAGGCCCCCAGACCCGGCCCCGCCUCCAUGCAGAGCCCAGUGCCUGCACAGCCAGGGCAGCCAGGGCCUCCAGGAGGGGGCAGGCCCAGCCCGGCGCCAGCAGGGCGCUUCCCAGACCAGAGACCAGAGGCAGUUCCAAGCGACCCCGGCUAUACAGGGGCAGCCGCCCCUGCCCGGGAGGAGAGAACCGGGGGAGUUGGGGGCUACUCGGCAGCUGGAGCCAGAGAGGAUAGAGCCGGGCACCCAUCUGGCCCCUAUUCCCAAGCAUCUGCAGCUGCCCCCCAGCCUGCUGCCACCCCUGCCCGCCAGCCCCCACCACCGGAGGAAGAGGAGGAGGAAGCCAACAGCUAUGACUCGGAUGAAGCAACCACCCUGGGUGCCCUGGAGUUCAGCCUUCUGUACGACCAGGACAACAGCUCCCUACAAUGCACCAUCAUAAAGGCUAAGGGACUGAAGCCCAUGGAUUCCAAUGGCUUGGCUGAUCCCUAUGUUAAGCUGCACCUCCUGCCAGGAGCCAGCAAGUCCAAUAAGCUUCGUACAAAAACUCUACGGAACACCCGGAAUCCCAUCUGGAAUGAGACUCUCGUCUAUCAUGGCAUCACGGACGAGGACAUGCAGCGAAAGACCCUCAGGAUCUCUGUCUGUGAUGAAGACAAAUUUGGCCAUAACGAGUUUAUCGGCGAGACCAGAUUCUCACUCAAGAAACUGAAGCCCAACCAGAGGAAGAAUUUCAAUAUCUGCCUGGAGCGGGUGAUCCCAAUGAAGCGUGCCGGCACCACUGGGUCAGCCCGAGGCAUGGCCCUUUAUGAGGAGGAGCAGGUGGAGCGUAUUGGUGACAUCGAGGAACGUGGCAAGAUCCUGGUGUCCCUCAUGUACAGCACACAACAGGGCGGCCUCAUUGUGGGCAUCAUACGCUGCGUGCACCUGGCUGCCAUGGACGCCAAUGGCUACUCAGACCCAUUUGUCAAGCUGUGGCUGAAGCCAGACAUGGGAAAGAAGGCCAAACACAAGACCCAAAUUAAGAAGAAAACCCUGAAUCCUGAAUUUAAUGAGGAGUUCUUCUACGACAUCAAGCAUAGCGACCUGGCGAAGAAGUCGCUGGACAUCUCUGUGUGGGACUAUGACAUCGGCAAGGCCAACGAUUACAUCGGAGGCUGCCAGCUGGGCAUCUCGGCCAAGGGGGAGCGCUUGAAACACUGGUACGAGUGUCUGAAGAACAAGGACAAGAAGAUCGAGCGUUGGCACCAGCUUCAGAAUGAGAACCACGUGUCAAGCGAUUAACGGGGAGCCCCGGCUCCCGGCCCCACGCCC